GGGCCCCAAAACAUUGUACAAAUCCACUGGUAUAGACCUCGAGGGAUUGCUGUUCCUGCUUCAUGCAGAGUUGCUGGACAGCUGGUAAGUCCAUUUAUUAUACUCAUUAUUGUGGGUCCAGUAUUCUAUCACAGUGGGUUGUUGAGAAGCACACGACAGAGUAAAAAAAACAUUUUUUUUUCUUUUUUUUUUUUUUUGUAGGUUACAUCAGAGUGGGCAGUAGAUGGGUGGGCCAGUCUGAUUAAAACUCUAUAUAAAUGAAAUGACAGUUAGGAGAGCAGAACAAACUCCUAACAGGAGGAGACUCACUCAUGGCCUAUGAGACAGAGGAUCAUGAGACUCAAUACUGCUUUCCUGCCAUCAACUCAUCAUGUAUCAAGGGAAUGCGCCCUAGAUAUGAAUACAAUAUCAUGUAUGUGUUUGUAUCAUUGUUGUCAGCAUGGACUGUGUUUCUGAACCUGCUGGUGAUCAUCUCCAUCUCUCACUUCAAGAAGCUUCACACUCCAACAAACCUGAUCAUUCUCUCUCUGGCUGUGGCCGACCUGCUUAUGGGACUUGCCAUGCCCAUAGAUGCCACCAGGCUGAUAGAGACAUGUUGGUACUUCGGAGACACUUUCUGUGGACUAUUUAUUAUGAUCCUUGGAUUGCUCUUCUCAGCAUCUCUCAGUAACUUAGUUUUAAUAGCUGUUGAUCGUUAUGUGGCUGUGUGUCACCCUUUACUGUACCCACAGAAAAUAACCACAACUAAAACUUUAGCGAGCAUCUGUCUGAGCUGGGUUUGUUUCUCAACUUAUAACACUAGCAUUGUAAUUAAUAAUAGAUAUUCAGACACUUCACUUAGAACAGACAUGUGUUAUGGAGAGUGUUCUGUUAUGAUGGGUUUUGCCUGGACAGUUUCUGAUAUGAUUUUGUCUUUUAUUUUUCCUUGUACCCUGAUCAUAACUUUAUAUUUAAGGAUUUUCUGUGUUGUACAUCAGCAAGUGAAAGUUAUAAACUCUCUGAUGAACGGUGGUAAAUGUGUAAUGGAAGGUUCAGUGAGGAGGAAAUCUGAGAGUAAAGCUGCUCUGACAUUAGGAAUCAUUAUAAUAGUUUAUCUGCUUUGUUUUAUUCCGUACUAUAUCUGUUCUAUAUCAGUAACGUCUUCCACAACCAUAAAUAUUUUGACAUGGGUUUUGUAUGCAAACUCAGGUCUGAAUCCUCUGGUCUAUGCUUUAUUUUAUCCCUGGUUUAAAAAGACAGUUAAACACAUCCUAACCCUGAAAAUAUUUCAGCCAGCAUCCUCUCUGAUCAGUAUUUUUACAGAACAUCAAUUGUAAUUAAACUGGUAAAGCUGUCACUCGUAAAGGGAGAUGUGAUUAUCAUUGUAUGAAUUAUCUUUGUAAUUUUAAGAGACAAAAUGUUCAUGAAUUGGGCUGCAUUAGAUUGUUAAGACAAUUUAGCAAACCGCAUAAAUCCUCAAUCUACUGGAAUAAUGAAAAGGUAGAUAGUAUGUAGUUAAUGCUUUAUCACUUUCAUCAGUAAUGCUCACAGAGGGCUGAAAAACUGAUUUAAAUGUUUGUUGUUUUACAUCACUGUCUGUCGCUUGUUUAUAAUGACCAUCUGAAUAUGUCACCAUUUAUUUUGAUCGUCUGAGGAGCUACUGCAUCAAUGCGGUGUGUAUGUUUUUCACACCUUUAAUGAAUGGUUAAGAGGAGGAACAUCUCCAAUGCAAUAAUACAUGCAGAAAAUAAGAAUUAUAAUUGGGCCUCUGAGUUUUCACAUCAUUUGAUAUUUCAUCAGUAAGAGUAAACAAACUGAACAAAGACAUGUCACUUGUAUAUGACAGAUCAACCCAUGUGACUACCUUGAGAAAGGCCCACCCAAAAUGUCAUUGGCAAAGUCCAUUGUAUUUACAUCAAAUGAUAAUUAUUUUCUUAUUUAAUAUUAAUAUACUGAAAAAAGAAAGAAGUGACCAGGCUCUAAUAAGUUUUUAACUGACAACAUAUCCAUUGGCAAGUGUGAUAAUAACACACAGGAGUACAUUUUAUUUGUUAGGAUGUUAAAUCUUGAAGAUUAAUCUUGAAGAUAAAAUCUAAUGAAGAUUUUACCAGAAAAAAAGUCACUCAUGUCAUAAUCUGGCUUGAUUACUGUUGUGCAAUUAAAGGAAUAUCUGUCACAAAAACAAA